AGUAAGAGUGAAAAACUCAAGACAAGAAAGAGACAUGCAGCAGAAUAAAUCAGAAAACCGAGAAACAGAAGGAGCGACGCGAAAAAACGAUAAAAGAAUACACGAACAGAUUUACGAUUCGAACGAAUACAUUUCUGCCGCAAAACGUGUACAGGAUGGAACAGUGCCUAUGGAUAUUUUAAAGUUUCAUCAUUCAUUUUCAUACAACUGUGAGAAGUAUUUUAAUCUUUGCGUGGUAGAACCGAAUGUUAUUUUAUUCGCUUCUGGUAAUAUACUGCAUUUUUUAAAUACUGCAACGAAUAAACUGUGGUUUAGAAGAGGAUCUACUGGUGGCGGGAUUGGACAUGUGACGAAAAAUCCCACAUUUGAUCAUAUUGCUGUUGCGGAAAAUGGCGUGAAACCUCCAAUAAUAAUAUACAAAUGGCCUUCAAUGAAUAUUGUAACGAUAUUAUACGAUGGCACGUUAAAGCGUUAUUCUUACUUAGUGUACAGCGCGGAUGGUUUGUUACUAGUAUCGCAAGGAGGAGAUCCAGAUUAUACGAUUACGCUUUGGGAUUGGCAGAGAUCUCAAAUAAUAUUAAAAUGCAAAUCUUUUAAUCGAGAUGUUUAUAACGUCACAAUGUCCCCGGUGUUACCUAAAUAUUUGGUAACCAGUGGAUCAGGACAUAUAAAAUUUUGGAAAAUCUCCAACACGUUCACCGGACUUAAAUUAAAAGGCGAAACUGGCAGAUUUGGUCAGACAGAGAUAUCUGACAUUAUUGGCGUAUAUAUCAUGCCAGAUGGAAAAGUUGUAUCAGGCUGCGAAUGGGGAAAUAUUUUACUCUGGGAAGAAGGCUUAAUCAGCCUUGAAAUAUGUAGAAAACAUAGGCAACCUUGUCACGCUAAAGCGAUUACACAAUUUGAGUAUUUAAACGGAGAGCUCAUAUCAAUUGGUAUGGAUGGGUGGAUUCGGGUGUGGUUCUACGAGACAAUAGACCAAGCGGAUGUUCACAGUGAAGAUCGUUUUUUAGAGAUUCAACCCGUCUAUGAAUUUCAAAUUAGUGAGACACUCAAUUCGAUGCUUAUGUGCAUGCGUAAGCAAGAACCAGACAAUCCGGAAAGUACAUUCUGGUAUGCUCAAGAUGGAAAUGGCGGGAUAUGGCUAAUUGAUUUGCAUACAUUAAAAGCGGAAAAGCCGCGAAAGAUAUUCACGUGUCACGCAGGAGCUAUAGUCGAUAUGGAUAAUGCAACGUGGGGACCUUUUGUGGCAACAAUUAGCAAAGUUGGACAACUGCAUAUUUAUAAUUAUAUGGAGAAGAAGUUAAUUUUGGACCAUAAGUUUAACGACAUCGGUAGCCAAAUCGUUUGGUUUCCGUGCCAAGUUGAAGCGACAGGAUCGAUGCUUGCUUGUGCCUUUGGAAGCGGUAUCAUUCGCUUGAUCGCCGUAACAAUAUCUGCGACCGACAGAAAGGACAAUUACAUCAAGUUGAUUCAGAUAAUAAGACCACACAGAAUGGCAAUAACCUCGAUGUCUCUGAACUCAUCAUGCAACUUACUAGUGACUGGUAGCGAAGACUCGACCGUGUUUAGUUUCAAUGUCGCAGUAACCGGCACUCCUGCCGUCAUCACACCAAUUGGCUUUGUCGAAGUACCUUCAGGAGUCACGUGUCUCACGUGGAAGCCGCAUUGUGAUACGACAUUGUUAAUUGGAUGCGUAGGAGGAGAUUGUGUAGAGAUUGUAUUACCAAGUACACCUCAACCUUAUACCACCGUCUCGUACAAACUUGUUCAAUGUCUACCAAAAACAUUUCAAUUCCAUUCCGUAAAAUCUGCUAUUCGAAGGGAUCUAAUACGUUUGAAACGGGAGGAGGAAAGAGAGGAGAGAAUAACGAGGAGACGCGAAGAGGUAACUCGAUUAAUGACUGGAAGCCCCGAAAUGGAAGUCAGUGAGGAAGAAUUCCUCGUCGACAUAAUCGAGGAAGAACCGUUGCCGGAAAUAUAUAUACCAAAAAUACCGAGCAGAAUAUUGAUGGUGCAAUAUAUCAAGCACGAUAUCAUUUGGUUGUCAAUGGCUGGGUUCGACGCGGGAUAUAUCUACGAGUACCCAAGUCCGGAAACUGUUGAAGUUAUCAGCAAGGAACCCAUUAGAAGUACCGUAAUAUACGACGCAGACGACACGGAGAUACGAAGUUGUUUGUUCUACAAGCGGAGGAAAUAUUUGUUUUUGGGAAUGGAGCAGGGACAAAUACGCGUCUGCAAGUACAAGUCUGAGAAUUAUACGGACCUCUCCGAUUACUGGAUUCUUCCGAUGCACGAUAAUUACAACGGCUACAUCCCAAAAAUGAUUCUCAGCCACGACCAGACGAUGUUGUUCACAUGUGGAUAUGAUGGAAAUUUAUUUUCUUACGAGAUAAACGACGACACGCCAUCUGAAGCGACCGAAUUCGAGAUAACGGCAGAGACUUCACCUUUGUCGUAUGUACCUAGCAUCGAAGAUCUCGAGGAAAUCGAUGCGCACGCGAGUCUGGAAGAGACGAUUCAAAAAGCUGAACAGGACAGGAUCGCGCGCGAAGCGAACCAAUGUAAACGUCAGAUAUACGAAAUACUGUUUAAACUGAGCGAGGAAUACAGCAAAAUCGUGGAGAGGAAUAAUGCUCUACCGAAGCCUCAUCGAAUAACUCGCGAGGAAAUGGAAUUGGAUCCCAGAAUCACUGCUGAUUUAAAUGAGGAGUUGGAAGCGCAAAUGGCCACGGUGCGAGAAAAAUUCGCAUUUAAAGUCGAAAAAAGCGAGAUCGGAUUGCAGAAGCUCCUGGAACACUUUAUUCAUCCUAUCACAGACUUGCCGUUCGUAGUCUGCAAAGUCUUACAACCGGAUAACGUAGUCCAUUCUCUGCGUCAACGCGUCUUGGAUGUCAGUACCUUGCCUCGUGUGGACACAGUAAAACAUAUACACGUGUUCGAUAAACAGACAAAUAGAGCCAGUAGCGUAGCAAACGGUGUAAUGCAGCCUUACGAGGAAGAGCAACGACAAGAAGAAGAAGAGGAAAUUAAAGAAGAAACCGAGACGGAAAAGAUACAAGAGCAAGCAAUUGCGGAUAUCUUGAAGGGCGUGGAUUACGAAAAUUUAGACAGCAGCCAGGGAAUUCGAUUGAAUCAAAUGCUACGCAAAUAUAUCUCGAGGAAAGCGAGGCUGGAGGAACGCGAGAAGCAAUGGAAAGUUAUACAUCAAGAGAAACCGGAUGCGUCCGUCAAUCACUUACGCGAUAUAGUCGCCAUAGAGGAAGCGAAAAGAACUAUCGGCGAUUAUAAGUUAAAAACAUCGCUGACCUUCGAUUCGCUGUCGAGGAAACGAGAUGCUCUCUUUUUAAAGCACAAUGAAUUGUUUAACUGUUGGAAAAAACUGUAUUAUCUGCAAGAAGCUUUCAACGAGAGAUUGAAAGCUGUGAGAACAGAGAAAGAAUAUUUACAUGCGCAAGUUAUGUCCUUAAUAAAAACCCUCAGAGAAAUUCACGCAGAGAUACCAUCGAGAAGUAUAAAGCCCUUGCCACUUAUUCCUACGUUAAAUAUCGAUAUAGAAUUUCCUGAGAAGAAAGUGAUACUCGAAAAGUAUACAAUGAAGGAGGAGAAGAUACAACGACCGAGACUCUCGCUUCUCCCGGAAGCGAUAUUUGUUUGCCCGGACGAGGAAUACGAAGUGUUGCUCCUGGAUGAAGAAUUUCCGGAAACUGCGCGCAUUUUCAGCGGAGCGUCAGCGCUACCCUCCGUCUCUGAGAGAAAAAUCAAAAUUGACUCCACCUUGCGGGAUGACACAUCGUUGCUUCAUUUGAGCGAUGACUCUGACAGCCCAUGGGAACGAGAAAUGAAAUCCGCCCGCGUCUUACGCAGGAUAUACGAACAAGACUGCAUAUUGCGAUACGUGCAAACCAGUUGCGAGAAUUUAGAUAAGAAGUUGGACAAAUUGGAGCGCGAUAGAUUGGAUAUUGUUGCCGAGAACGUCAAUAUUAAUCUGUUCUUACUGACGCUUCGUCAAGAAUACAUCAUUCUGAGAGAAUACGAAACGAUGGAAAAUACGUUACACGACAAAGUUAAUCGCAAAGUAGAAGAGGCCGCAGCGAUAAAGCAAAAAAUACGCGAGAUCACCGACAAUGUUGACAGUAAAAUGAAGGAAAUUGCAAAACUACGUAACCAAAUCAGGGAUAUUACUUCGGAAUAUAUGAGAAGUGUAAGCGAAAAUAAAUUCCGUAAUUUUCUAUGCAGAAUAUUCAAGAAGAAAUACAAAGUGUCGAAGGAGGAGGAUGAAACUACUACGACAACGACUGAAACGACUUCGGAUGAAACGAACAGUGUCGACAGUAAAGAAACAGAAUCGAUUUACCUCGACGAAAACGUAUGCCCUCCGGACUGUGAUAGGGAAUUAUACAACUUGGCAUUUUCCAUGAGAGAAAAGCGAUACGCAUGCGAGCACGAGGUCAAAAGCGCGCAACAUACCGUAGAAACCCUUCAGAAGGAAGCUGAAAUUCAGACGAAAAAGUUGAAAAUUAUAGAGAGCAACUUGAGAGCGCACGAGGAUGAUUUAAAAAUAUUUAUGUUCGAGAAACAAGGAAAAUUGAACGACGUAGACGUCACAGUGACAAUGAAAAUGCAUCAGUUGCAGUAUCUCCAAGAGUGUGAUAUGCCGACGAAGGUGGACGAUUGUGUUGUAUUCGACAAAAAAAAACUGUCGAAAUUGUACGCAAGAAUACAGGAGUUGCACGAGGAGACGCUCGAGUUACACGCCAAAUACAAGUACGCGUACAUAUUUGUAUAUCGUAUACACGAAGAAUUCAUAAAUAACAGAUAUCGAAGGUUCUUGAUAAUGGAAAGCACACUUGACGAUUUCAGGCGCUCGCGAGCGCAUCUUCACAGAAUAAAAAUCGAUUGUAAUCAUAUGAGGGUUAAUAAUAAAAGCUUGAAGAAUGAAAUGAAACAGAGGAUAAUGGAUAAGUUCGGCCAGAAUAUAUCUCUGACUGAAUUGUAUGAAACGAUACUACGUCGUAUGGUGUAUGAUAUCAGAGCAAAUUUGAGCGAGAUAACAAUGCAGUUUAGCAAAAGGACCAACGGUAAACUAAUCGUAUUGAUCAUCGUUUGUUCUUUGACUCAUAUUGUAUUUUGCUGUUUUACCGCAGAGGUCAAAGAAUGCUAUACUGAAGAAUUAAUUACGCUUAACAACAUGAUCCGAGAGCACACGCAGAAGCUGAGCUUCCUAACACUUUUGGUGGAAGAACAAUCGAAACUCAAGAAGCUUCUGAGACGGCACAUCAAGUCGGAUGAGGAAAUGUUGCUGUUGGAGAAGACAUGUAAGAACGACGUGACAAAGUUGGAGAGAAUUCUCAGAAAUCAAAUGCGACAGAAACAUCUAUUUGAGAAUGACAUCAAGAAUCUCAAGUUGAAAACGAAAUCGCAACAUCCAAUCCGGUUUAGGAGUAUAAUGUCUUGGAACGAUAAAGACUUCGAGCCCGAGAGUGAAGAGAAUUUCGAUGAGAAUUGGCAAAACGAAGAAGCAGAAGAAUGUAUAAAAAGCGACGAGAAGCCGGAGCUCUCUAUGGAUGUUGAAUAUACAGUUGAUUAAAUCGAGAAAUUUGAGCGUUAAAAUGAAUCGAUACAUGGUAAAUUUUUUUACAAAUGCUGAUAUCAGGGAAAACAAAAAUUUUUAAUUGCCAAACGAUAAGAUCAAGUAAGAUAUAACUAUUAAUAAUUAUUGUCAAAUUAUAUAUACAUAAACGCAUUCAUAUAUAUUGACAUUGUGAACGAAAAGAAUUUUUAAAUU